AUGCCUUCUGACCACCUCGACGACGUGCGGCCCAUGUUUGAGCUCCGCGGCCGUAACUACAUCGUUACGGGCGGAGCUCAAGGCAUCGGCUUCGCAUGCACGCGCGCCAUUUGCGAGAUGGGCGGGAAUGUAGCAGUGUUUGAUAUCCAGGAUAAGCCCGUUGAUGAGUUUACGACACUCUCUGAGAAGUUUGGCACAAAGACCAUUUACAUCAAGACGGACGUCACGUCACAAGAGAGUAUUCAAGCCGCUUUCGACAAAGUGAUUGCGGAAUUCGGCUCCAUCAACGGCUGUGUGCCGGCGGCUGGAAUUGCCAUAGAUAAGCCAUUCCUCGAUCAAACAUGGGCCGAGUUCAACCGCAUCCAGGAGAUUAACGUUCGUGGAACAUUUUUCGUUGCUCAACUUGCGGCCAAGCAAAUGUUGAAGCAAGGGUCCGGGGGCAGCAUGGUCCUUCUAGCCUCUCAGUCCGCGCACAUUGCUCUCCCCGGCUACCGCAUGGCGGCAUACAACGCCUCAAAGGGUGCUGUCUUCAUGCUCUCCAAGGCCCUGGCCGUGGAGCUUGCACCACACAACAUCCGCGUGAACACCAUCUCUCCCGGUUUCGUCGACUCAGAAAUGACAAGAAAUGUACGGGCAUCAAAGAGUAAGCGUGAGGGAGAGCAGAUGUGGCUCGCGCCGCCCAACCAGAGACUGAGCACGCAAAACGACCUUACCGGUGCCGUCGUGUACCUCCUCAGUGAUGCUGCGCGGCACACAACGGCGGCGGAUAUACCUAUCACUGGUGGGCUUCAUGCGGGUACCAUGGAUGGUUUGAUCAGUUAUGACUCUUAA